UUCCCAUUUCCUUUUCUUUUUCAUAUUUAUCUAUACCCGAUAUGUCUCUCACUAAACCUGACAAGGAUGUUGAAACUUAUUCUGGUAUUCGUUUAAGGAAACGAUAUAUGAAAACAACAGAUCUUGAUAAUAAAUUGGCGACUCUCGACUAUAUUGCUUGUAACCAUCUCUCUUCUCGUAUCAAACCAUCGAUCUAUGUAGAGAUCAAAAAACCCAAGGAUUGGGCUACCAUUGGGAUUGUAGAAAGGUCUAUCAAGACAGAUAAUGCCAUGUUAGUGCUACGACUCACUGAUCUACGAAAUUGUUACAUUGAUCUUUUUCUUUUGGGCAAAGCUAAUGAAAGAUACAAGGAUUUGGUCAAAGUGGGAACAGUAUUAGGUGUGACGAAGCCAACAGUUCUAUCGUCUGAAGACGCGGUGGGUUUACAAGUUAAUCAUCUUCAACAAAUAUGGCAUAUUGGUGAAAGUCUGGAUAUGGGACGAUGCGAAGCUUAUAUACAACCUCCUAAACGAUGUUCAGCUACGAUUGAUCGACGAUCUGGUGUUUUUUGUGAUCUCCACAUUACUAGUAUUUGUAAUUUAUCCAAGAACGGUCGUAUGGAAUUAGCAUCAGGGGAUAGCGGAAUAGAUAUUCGAUGGGCAUCUACUGUUCAAUCUAAAGAAGGUCAAACGCAUUACAAGGAUGUAUCUGGUAGUUUAUAUUCAAAAAUAAAGAAAAAAGAACAUAUUUACACUAUUAAAGAUAUUCGAAUGACUUCUGAUGGCAAACAAGUCAACAAGAAACCUGUGAUAGAUAAACAAAAAAUAGCAAAUGAGAAAGAAUCAUGGACGAAAUUCUUAAAAGGACACAAUGACCCUGGAGCUAUGAAUAUACGCAAGAUUAUUGGAAUUCAAGAUGAUCAACCUUCUACUGCUCUAUCAAAAGAAGCUCUUCUCAAAGUACACAAUACUACAAUAUUAGAUGUGAAAGAAAAAGCAUCCAAGAAACGAUCAAUAGAUCAAAUAUUGGAACUAGAACAAAGAAGGAAGAACAAGAACAAAAAACAAGAUGAUAAACAAGUGUACAUAGAUCUUUGAUAUAUUUGUUCAAUAAAUUAUUAUUUUUUUACAUAUCUC